AAAAACCCCUUCCAAUCUUCCAUUUCUCCCCUCCUCCUCCUCCUCUUCUCUUCCUUCCGCUUCGAGAUCUCGCGCUGCGGUGGGCGGGCGAAGCUUUCCGGAGCCCCCGAUGCUCGUCCCGAAGCGCAUCAACUACGUGGCACCGAUGCUCGCCUCCGCCGCCAUCCUCCUCCUCCUGCUCUCCGGCUACUUGGAGCUCCCCUCCAUCUCCUCGCUCUCCACCCCCGCGCCGCUCGUUGCCGCCUCCCGCUUCCCCACCGCGCUCGACUCCGUCGGCUCCCGCGAGCCCUCCGCGUUCACCUCGCUCCUCGCUGCGUUUGUCGCCUGGGACGCCGCCGUCGGGUGCCCCCGCAUCCGCGCCAAGCUCGCCGCGGAGCCCGGCGCCAACGCCACGGCGGCGGCCUCCUCCGUCUCCGUCACUGGCGGCGCUGGGUGGAGCGGCGCGAGGUGCGAGGAUCUCAAGGCGCGCCACGUCGGGGUGCUUGUCAAGGGGUGGACCUGGAUCCCCGACGCGCUCGACGGGGUGUACACGUGCCGCUGCGGGAUCAGCUGCGUGUGGAGCAAGUCCACCGCCGCCGUCGACCGCCCCGACGCGCUGCUCUUCGAGGGCGCCACGCCGCCGCCGCAGAGAAUGAAAGGUCUGCCUCUUCGUGUUUAUCUGGAUCUGGAGGCUAGUAGGAAGCCAACUGGUUUUGAGGACAUUUUUAUAGGUUACCAUGCCAAUGAUGAUGUGCAAGUAACAUAUGCUGGAAAAUCAUUUCACACCAGCCGGAGUUACCAUGUAUCAACCGAAAAGAGGAAUGAUGCACUUAUUUACUGGUCAUCUUCAAGGUGUCUUCCUCACAGAGACAAUAUUGCGAAAGACUUCCUUUCUUUGGUGCCACACCAUUCCUUUGGGAGAUGUUUGAAUAAUGUUGGUGGUCCUGAUAUGGCGCUAUCUAUGUAUCCAGUUUGCUCUGCCAAUGAUAAUGGAACACCACACUGGUGGGAUCACCUACACUGCGCAAUGUCACAUUACAAGUUUGUUCUUGCAAUUGAGAACACCAAGACGGAAAGUUAUGUGACCGAGAAGCUAUUCUAUGCUUUGGAAGCUGGGUCAAUUCCCAUAUACUUCGGGGCACCCAAUGUCUGGGAUUUUGUUCCACCCAAUUCAAUUAUAGAUGCCUCCAAAUUCAGCUCUCUCAAAGAACUGGCAUCAUAUGUGAAAGCACUUGCAAAUGACCCUGUAGCUUAUGCAGAGUACCAUGCAUGGAGGCGGUGUGGUGUCCUGGGUAACUUUGGCAGGGCACGUGAAAUGAGCCUUGACACACUGCCUUGCCGACUCUGUGAAGUACUUAGCAAGAGAGGUGGUAGGAGUGCAGAUGCAUUGUGAUUGACCGGCUACUUUUGGUGGCUUAUAUACCUCGAUUUGAUGAGAACUGAAUGACUUGCAACUCGGAUUGUGAAAUAGAUCCAGAUGGUAUGUAAAGUGCUCAUGCUAUUCAAAUGAAGAUCAAGUGCUCAAGUUGUCACAUUCUUGAAAGAAAAUAACACACUGCCAUUUUAUUUUAUUUUUACACUUUGUCUCUUUUGCCUUUGGAGUUGAGAGGUGUACAAUAUUCGAAGUAGAGGCUCAUGUUUUUAGGCAGGAAAAAAAGAUACAGAUGCACUUUCUGUUGUUAGGAUGAUAUGGAUCACAUGACUAUUUGUACAUUUAUACAAAUCGCUUGAAGAAAUUGGUUGA